AUGGCGGUGCCAAAGGUUUUGGUAGUGGCUGAGAAGCCGAAGAUUGCAGAGACGAUUGCCAGUUAUAUCUGUACGAACAACGAAACGCCUACAAAACGCAAAGGGAAAUCUAACGCAUGUAUGAGCUGGGAAUGCUGCGGCAGAUUCCUGUCAUGCGCUGCUGAUUUCAUCGUUACCUCCACUGCUGGCCAUGUUUACUCUGCGGCAUUUGCACCUCGUUACAACAACUGGGCAUCCACAGACCCGUUGGACUUAUUUGAUGCUGAAAUAGUGUUUGAGGAGGCGUCUCCGGAGAACAAGAUUCCACAGCACUUGGCGUACGAGGCGAAGGGUUGCAGCUACCUUUUGCUAUGUCUUGACAAUGACAGGGAAGGGGAGAACAUAGCAUUUGAGGUGAUUCGCGUGUGUCGUCCUCACAUGCUUAACCUUGGAACUGAGCAGAUUUAUCGCGCCCGUUUUUCUGCUUUAAGUCGUGAUGAUAUUUUGCGGUCAUUAGCCAACCUGUCUAGUCCUAACAAGCUUGAAUCCGAUGCAGUUCAUGCGCGACAGGUUAUCGAUCUGCGUGUCGGUUGUGCAUUUACAAGAUACCAGACGAAGUUUUUCCAGGGCAAAUAUGGCGACCUCGACUCUACGUGCAUUUCGUAUGGGCCCUGCCAAACACCAACGCUAUCUUUCUGCGUCGAUCGCCAUAAUGCGAUAUUGCGAUUCCAGGAGGAGCCGUACUACAAGCUUACGGGUGACAUUGCAUACAAGGGAUCACAUAUCCGUUUAACAUGGAAUCGAGGGCAUGUAUUUGACAAAUCUGUGAUCCAGAUAUUCCAAAGGCUGUUGAGCAAUGCCAACCGCGGCCGCGUAGUAUCUGUGACUACUAAAAAGUCUACUAUGUCACCUCCAAAGGCGCUGAAUACAGUAACCAUGUUAAAGGAGGCAUCAUCGCGUCUCGGAAUGGGUCCACAAAAAGCCAUGCAAACUGCUGAACAUUUGUAUCUGCGUGGUCACAUUUCUUACCCUCGUACGGAGACCGAUUGCUAUCCACGUUCGUUUGAUUGGAAGGCUUUGCUGACCAACCUGAAGAAGGUACCUGACUACGUCAACAUGGUGGAAUCCUUGUUAAAGUCUGGAACUCCAUUGGGCCCCCAAGGAGGUCGCGAUGUGGGCGAUCAUCCACCUAUAACACCUGUGAAUUGUGUCUCUCAGGGCACGCUGACUGGAGAGGAGUGGCGUUUGUACGAUUUAGUGGUACGCCAUUUUUUGGCAUCCAUCGCGGGCCCAUGUAAGAUAGAGACUACGGUUUACACUAUUGAGGUGAGUGGUGAGACGUUUCACUUUUCGAACUCCCGCUUGUUGGAGCCUGGUUAUACGCUGGUUCUUCCAUCGUCGCACGACCGCGGUGUCUUCACGGUUACCCUGGCUAAGGGUGAUGAGUGUGAAGUGGUCAAUCUCCGCGUCGAGGAGGGCGUCACUUCUCCACCUCCGUUGCUUUCUGAAUCGGAUUUGCUGGACGCCAUGGAAAAGCAUGGUAUCGGCACGGAUGCGUCGAUGGCGACUCACGUACACAACAUAAUAGCUCGGAAUUUCGUCCGUCUUGUGGGCAACCGUCGUAUCGAACCUACUAAGCUCGGUAAAGCCCUGCUGGACGGUUAUAUGCAGAUUGACCCGGAGCUCGUGUUACCGAGCGUACGUGGAGCCAUCGAGAACUACUGCAACCUCAUCGCUGAGGGUAAAGCCGAUUGUGAAUCUGUGAUUCGUCAUGUGUGCCGCAUGUUCCGUUUGAAGUUUGAGCAUUACGUGAGCAAGAUUGAUAGGAUAAACUCAUUUUUUGAAACUCAGUUUACUUCUGUCGAGAACUUCGGCGUGCCUAUGAGCCGUUGCGGCAUAUGCAACCGUUACAUGUUAUUUUUGAACAAGGCGCCUAUGCGUUUAUUUUGCAAGAAAUGUUCGCGUGAGUACUCGUUACCGAACGGUGGUACUAUUCGGCAGUACAAGGGUCUGAAAUGUCCUCUUGACAAUUUCGAGCUCGUACAAUUCCAGAGCCGCGCUCGCGCGUUUUCAUUAUGUCCUAUGUGUUACAACGAUCCUCCUUUUGAGUCAUUCGGCAAGAAAGGUAUGAGUUGCGUCGACUGUGCGCAUCCUACAUGUUUGAGCGGCCCAGAGACAUUGACUGUUACGUGUUGUCCUGAAGAGUGUGGUGGGAAGUUAAUUUUGGACGUGAUCAACGGAGCGCCUAACUGGAAGUUUUUCUGUUCUCUAUGUCCUUACAAGUUACAUGUAUGUGAAACUGCUAAAAAAGUUGCGAUAGUUUCCGGUACUGAAUGUGAUUCUUGCGGCAGCCGUCUCGCUCACGUCGGUUUGAAGGACGGUAGCACAUCUGAAGGAUGUCUAUUUUGCAACGACGUCAUGAAGAAGUUUCUGAUUGACCCCCCGAAAAGCUUCAACCGCCACCGCCGGUUUAAGAGACGCGGCCGUCGCCCGCUUCGCUCUCGCUGA